CCAAGAUACAAUGAGCUCGUUUAUUCUAACUGGCGGCAUGUAGCGUAUCUCCCAAUCUCGAUGACAGACGCAGAGUGAGUGAUAUUUUCCGUUCCUUGUUAUGUUGAACAUAACGACUGCAACAGCUGCCUAAUUUUUUACUUCAUAUUGAUAUGGACGCCUGUCGUCGUCAAUGCUAUGCUGGGCAUCAUAAUGAUGAUUCGGAUACAUGCGAUGUAUGGACGAUCCAAAAAGAUGCUCGUCUUUCUCGUUAUAGUCUUACUGGCUUCCACAAUCUCUUCCGUCUGUUUUACAGCAAUCACAGGUAACUUUGUCUCAGUGGUAGAUGAUUUUUCUGGCCACCAUAUGUGUUAUCCCACAUAUUUUGACGAAGGGCAGCCGAUGAAUAUGCAAGUUGAGAGUGUUCGUUUGAUGUCCACCGCUAUAUGGGAGAUCCUCGCCUUCGUUCUUGCAGUCCGGAUUGUCGUAAAACACUUUCGAGAGCUGCGAUAUUCGCCGACAGGACCGACCAUUGGUGACUGUUUUAUGGUAUUAACCAAAAGUCAUACAUUUUACUUUGUUGGAUUUCUCGUUGUACUUUGCUUCAGCCUAAUCUCACUGUUUACAUAUUUACCAUGGACUGAAUCUGGGCAAAACUAUUCCGGUGUUUUCCAAAUUGCCCAGGAGUUGCAGAUGUUUGUGCUGGGACCGCGACUCAUCCUCAGCAUUCGCGAAUAUCACGCCGGGCUCGUGGCCAGGUCUGACGAGGGAACGGGCAUGACGACCAUUCAUUUCCAGGCUGGCGGGGAUGUGUCAACUGGUGGAGAUAUUUAGCACCGCGAUCCAAAUGAUCAACGUCAACCCCAGUUAUUUCGGACUCUUGUUGUGGUAUUUAUUUGGUGAUUUGAAGGAUUGAAUUAGGUUUGGGAAAACUAUGUACUGCCUUAUCCUUAUUUAUCGUGGAUCCGUUAGGACGG